AUGAGCCCUACUCUGCUGCCAGCCCUCCUGGGACUCACCCUCAUGCUGCCCCGAGCCCAGGCCCUGACCUGUCAGUCAGGAACUCUGCUGUCUGUGAAGAAUGUGACAGAACUGCCCUUUCAGUGGACAGCAGAUAAGAAGAUCUGCAGCGAGGGCUGGGGUUGCCAAGACACGCUGAUGCUCCUUGAGAAUGGACCUCAAGUGCUCCUAGUGCUCACCAAGGGCUGUACCCAGGAGAAGGAUCAAGAGGCCUGUAUCACCCAGCACCGGGCAGGCCCUGGCCUCUCCAUUGUCUCCUACACCCGUGUGUGUCGCCAUGAGGACCUCUGCAAUGACCUCUCUACCACCGGCCCUCUCUGGUCCUCACCCCCUCCUGCAGUCCCAGGGUCCGUGCGGUGCCCAGUCUGCUUGUCUACAGAAGCUUGUGAAUCUGCAACAGAGGUGACGUGCCCCAUUGGUCAGUCACACUGCUACAAUGGGAUCCUCCAGUUCCAGGGAGGGGGAAUCAGCAGCACACUGAGAGUCCAGGGAUGCAUGUCCCAAGCAGCCUGCAACCUGCUUAAUGAGACUCGGGAGAUCGGGUCCUUGUCUGUGAGUGAAAAAUGUGGUACUGAUGCUUCUCGGACCUGUCAACAGGGGAUCACGCAUCAGAUUAAACCAAAUCUGGCUAAGGAACCCAUGGAAUGGAAUGCAAUUACAAAUGUGACAUGUGAUUUGGAGGAGGUGUGUCAGGAGACUCUUCUGCUCAUAGAUGUAGGACCCACAUCACUCAUUGUGGGGAGCAAAGGCUGCAUCAAGACUGAGACACCGAAUUACCAGACUGUCUCCAUCUACUCAGGGCCCCCUGGAAUGUUCAUUGCCUCCUAUGCCCAUUUCUGCUCUUCCAACGGGUGCAACAGUGCCAGCAGCACCAGUGUCCUGCUGAACUCCCUCCCUCCUCCAGCUGCCCCUGUCCCAGGAGACCUGCAGUGUCCCACCUGUGUGCUGCUUAGUGGAGUCUGUACAGACUCUGAAAAUGUCAUGUGCCCUAAAGGUACCACUGAUUGUUAUAACGGUUACAUCGGUCUGGAAGGAGGUGGGCUGUCCUCUGCGCUCAGCAUUCAGGGCUGCAUGGCCCAAUCUUCCAACUCAUUGCUAAACCACACCAACAUGAUUGGACCAUUCCACACAGUUGAGUUCCCUCAGGCUGUCAAUAAAGAUCGCCAAAGUGGAGCUGCUCCUGCCCCCUGCCUGGCUUGGGUGGUGGGGCUGGGGCUGUCUCUAGCUCUUUGUUGUGGGAUGACUUCCAUGUUCACUCUAUUUCCCUGUGAUUCUUAGUCCCUGCUGACCCCUAAACCAAAUCCUCCCUGUGACCUCACAACCAAAUGCCGGGUUAUUUUACCAUCUUCUCCAUGAGUUCUCAUCCACACACACAACCACACAUUUUGUGACCUGGUAGCAACAUAUGGAAGGGCCUGGGAGCAGCUGAACUGGCCCUGUGGGAGCUGGACACUCCAACAGUGGCCACAUGUGUCUGAUGAAUAAAGGCAUU